AAGCUAGAGAUCCAGGUCAGUGGCUGAAGAGGAGAUCUCUGGGACUCCUUCUAUUUAUGCGUUAGAUUGGAGGGACCAGGGUGGCUGAGGCUCUUCCAGAGGAGUGAGACCACCAUGGAUCAGGAGAGGUUCUUCAUCCUGUUCCCACCACUGUUCCUGGUGCUGCUGGUGCUGGACUAUGUCCAGCCUUCACUGGCCAAGGAGUCUCGGGCCAAGAAGUUCCAGCGGCAGCACAUGGACCCAAACACCUCCACCAUCACUGCCAGCUACUGCAAUGAAAUGAUGAAGCGCCGGAAUAUGACGGUUGGACGGUGCAAGCUGGUGAACACAUUUAUCCACGAGCCUCUGCAUAAGGUCCGGGCCAUCUGCUUCCAGGAAAAUGUCCGCUGCAAGAACGGGCAGUCCAACUGCCACCAAAGCAGCUCCAAGAUGCGCAUCACCGACUGCCGCCUGAAGAAAGGCUCCAAAUACCCCAAAUGCGACUACCAGACCCAGCAGCUACAGAAAUCCAUCAUCGUGGCCUGUGAGUGUGUACAGUAUGAGACAGUCCACUUUGACGGUUCUGUGUAGGUCUGCACCUGAGGC